AUGACUGGCCUGGCCAAAUUCGUGAAUUCUGUCAGACAAGUGCGCGCAGCCAUCAAAGCGAAGAAGGUGGCUAAGGAUGGUCUCGCCCGCGACAUCCCCGGAUCGUCUUCGUCGCUGGGUCUGGAACAAACAGUCACGCUCGUGACCGCCUCACCAUGGAAGCUCCCUGUCGAGAUCCAGAUCCACAUAUUCGCCUACUGCGGCAUCUCGGACUUCUUGCAGCUGAAGCUGGUCUGCAAGGCAUUCUACGAGCUGCUCCUCGCCCAUGAGCACUCGAUCGUCCGCGAGUACAUGCGCCUUCGUCGUCACGGUAGCCUCCCCUCCCCCAUUGACUCGGAACGAACAUACACGCGCAACCCGGAAGAUGAUGUCGUGCUCCUUUCGGACCUGUUCCCUCCUGCGAAGAGCGCCAAGGGCGGCCACCUCUACACCUUCAGAUACUUGCAUGGCCUGCGCCGGCGGCAGACCCUUUGCUCUCAUCUAUGUUAUUAUCUCGCAGAUCGCAUCAUGGACCGCUUCGUGCAGUGUGAGCCGGCCUUUGUCCGCGCUUCAUUCCCGUCACGGAAUGAGCGCAAUGCUCUUGUCCAGCGAGGGAAAGUCAGCGUGUCGUUUAACCUGACCCCUCUCAUGUACUACACGCUCUAUUUCCUAGAAUCGUACACCGCCGCAAGACGCGAGCACACCAACAUGCUCCUGCGUGAUUUCGAAGCCGGCCGAAUCCCAGUACCCAUCCCACUAAGCGUCCGUCAAUCCAUGUACCGAGAUUUGCAAACCCACAUCCUCCGCGCUCCGCCGUUUACCGAUACACCUACACUCGUGGCGACGCACCACUGCAUGCAGUUGCUAGUCUCGUACAUCCGCUACACAAUGUCCCCUGAAGGUGGCCAUGACGAUUCCUGGAUUAGCUCCUUGCUCACGCUGGCGCCGUUUGUGCGAAUCCUUGAAUUCUUCUCCGCCGAGAUCGGUCACGGAGGCAGCCAGCUGAGGCAGCGGAAGAAUUUUAUGAAUAAUUUCGAUCGUGAUAUCAAGAUCCACGCGAAGGACGAUAUGAACUCCGUAGUCUUUGCGCGCGCGUCGAAUGCGCACAUGCAUAGCGACGUGCGGGAUAUCUGGUUUGAUGCGGCUCAUGCGGAGAUGGUGGCUAGGGGGGCGAUUCCUCAUAAUGUUGAGCAUGUCUGGGUCUGGAAUGGUGUACCGAUUCUCUUUGGAUGUCAGGAUUGCCACUUUGAGGAGGGUUGGCGAGCAUGA